AUCACAUGUAGACACAACUGAAUCUUCCAGUCACAUGCAGACACAACUGAAUCUUCCAAUCACAUGCAGACACAACUGAAUCUUCCAAUCACAUGCAGACACAACUGUACCUUCCAAUCACAUUUCAGAUCUACGUACGUGCUCAGUUUUCUUACAAUCCAUAUGACGACGAGUUGAUCCCCUGUCCUCAAGCUGGAGUGUCGUUUCAAACAGGCGAUAUCCUACAAGUGAUAAGUAAGGAUGAUCACAAUUGGUGGCAAGCGAAAAAAGAGGGCACCAAUGGCACAGCAGGACUCAUUCCUUCACCUGAACUUCAAGAGUGGAGAAUGGCCUCGCUUGCCAUGGAAAAAACAAAUAGCGAUAAAGUCAGUUGUUCAAUAUUUAGCAGAAAGAAAAAACAUUUUCGUGACAAGUAUUUAGCUAAGCACAGCGCCAUCUUUGAUCAACUGGACAUAGCUACUUACGAAGAAGUUGUCCUCCUGCCAUCUUUCAAAAGAAAAACGUUGGUUCUUUUAGGCGCACACGGAGUUGGGAGAAGACACAUUAAAAACACUCUCAUAGGAAAUCAUCCUCAGAAAUAUGCCUACCCCAUCCCUCAUACGACGAGGCCUCCUAGAAAAUCGGACGAGAAUGGUAAAACGUAUUACUUUGUUUCCCAUGACGAAAUGAUGGCGGACAUCGCCGCAAACGAAUAUUUAGAGUACGGAACGUAUGGUGAUGCUAUGUACGGAACCAAAUUGGAAACCAUCAGGGGGAUACACGCAGAGGGGAAGGUGGCCAUCUUGGAUGUUGAACCCCAGGCUUUGAAAAUCCUCAGAACGGCGGAAUACACUCCAUAUGUAGUUUUCAUCGCAGCGCCAUCUAUGUCUGCGAUAAAAGAUGUUCCAACUGACGGAAGUCUGGAACGUCUUGUAAAGGAGAGUGAACUUCUACAACAAGCCUACGGUCAUUUGUUCGACUUGAUCAUUGUGAAUAGUAACAUCGACGAGACAAUCGAGACCCUGGAGCAACAGAUAGAGCACAUAAACGAAACAAGUCAGUGGGUUCCUGUGAGCUGGGUUUAUUGAAUUGUAACUUCUUUAGAAACGUAUACGUCUUCCAUAACACGCGUGUUAGCCGAAUUGUGUUUCCUGAUGAGUUUUUUUACCGAGUCAAAUAUUUGAAUCGACAGAAAAGUUUUGAUCAAUAUAAGCUGUAGAACGUUUUAACCGGGCUCAAGUAUUAUCUGCGACUACAGGGAAAGCAGCUAGUCGGCUUCGCCCAUCACCAGCUCGUGGGCUAUUCGAAUCGAAUAGUGAGAUUUGACCGUUACUGUUAUAACGUAUUCAUGACUCGAAUGUGUGUAGCGCGGCUUUUCGGCGGUAACGGGGAGCGAACCACGGAUCCACAAUCCGGCAUAACAAAACGUUUUAUUAGGAUAGCCCAGCGGUUAUGCAUAUUGGUUAUUUUUUGUUUUGGUUUUUACAGUAUUUAAGAUUACUUCAUUGACCUAAUUUUUUUGUCAGUGUGGCGAAUAUUGCGAUUUUUGUAAUUGAGCCGAGUUUUUAGUUGUUUUUCUUUCUUAACUUCGAAAAACGUAAUAACGGUGGUUGUUUCCGUAGUGAAUAUAAUAGAAUAAUGUGUCUAAUUCGGAUAUGCCACUUGAAAUCCAUUGUGAGAUUCACGUUUUUCCAUACGUCUUACUAAAAAGAUUGCCGGUUUGUCACGUAGUAAACUUUUGUUACACGUUCUACUUCUGCAUGUUAAGAGGAUAUUAUCAAGGUACAUCUUUUUGAAGUCGCAUCUUCUCAUUUAGUGCUCAUUGGUCAGACUUUUUUACAAUUUCAAUUCCUGUGAAAACUGGGAAACGAAGUGUACUGAAAAUUGGUGAACUUCGCAUGUAUUGAAAAUGAACCACUCUUAAAGAAUUCGCCAAAUAUUGAUUAACACGGUUUUGUUGAUAUAUGGAAUUAGGAAGACUUUGCAACAAAAAUAUCUUAUAAAUUUGUGUGUAAAUAUUGGUAUGUAUGAGCAUUCCAGGAAUUCAGGAUAACCUUCGUGAGCGGCUUUUUCUAUCGUUAUAGUAGUGCAAGUUGUAUGAAUCUGACUUUGUGAUUGGUACAUGAAAUUCACUAGUUUUGUGCACAAUUUACAACAUUUACCAGUUUUAUGGGUCAUUUAUAAUAUCCGAUAACAUUUAUGGGUCACUUGCAACAUCCGUUUGCUUUUGUGGAUCGUUUUUAAUGUACGUUAGCUUUAUUAAAAAGAGGUUACAUUCCUACACGUUAUUAGAUAUAAAACUUGCAAGGGACCGUCUUACACGUCUUAGAGUGAUGUGUUACACGAGGUGGAAAUUUUUCUACGGAUUAGUUUUUUUUUGUAGUAUUAAUGGAAUUCAGACCAGUAAUUUAUAUUAGUCCUAAAAUAUUUAUAAGUACAAUGGCUGGUUAAAGUUAAGUUGUUGUACAGGAAAUCUUUAAGACAGCUAGGGUCUAUAUAUACCAACCAAAGAAUACAAGAUCUUGUUUAUAGUGUAAAAAAUCGAAGUUCUUAAAAAUACAAAGUAGUUGCAAUAUAAAAUGUUAUAGUUUGUUCUUGUUGAAUGAUGUAUUUAAA